AUGGCGGACGAGGGGCGCGGUCACGGUCUGCGUGCGUGUGCGGCCUCAUCGCCAGGUGAGGCUCCGGACAGGCGGGAGGGGAAGGCUGCAGUGGCGUUUACCCCAGAAUGCUGCCAUACUCCUCGCACCGUGAGGGGGCCGGGGCAGGGGCAGGAAGACGGUGUCUAUCCCCGUGGCGGAAGGAGGGAUCCAGAUCCCUCCGGGGUAGAGGGUGUCGCGGUCAGGGAUCGUGUCUUUCACUCCAGUGACAACACUCAGCAGUUAUAUGAUGGUGUAGCUGUUCCAAUUAUACAGUCAGCUGUGCGAGGUUAUAAUGGCACAAUUUUUGCUUAUGGACAGACUGCUUCAGGGAAGACUUACACAAUGAUGGGAAAUGAAGAUUCUGGGGGCAUUAUCCCUAAGGCAAUUCAACAUGUUUUCAAAAUUAUUUGUGAGAUCCCAGAUAGAGAAUUCUUGCUAAGAGUUUCUUACAUGGAAAUCUAUAAUGAAACCAUUACAGAUUUGCUUUGUGAUAGUAGGAAAAAGAAGCCUCUGGGAAUUCGUGAGGACAUUAAUAGGAAUACAUAUGUAGAAGAUCUGAUUGAAGAAGUAGUGGUUGCCCCAGAACAAGUUAUGGAAUGGAUAAGAAAAGGAGAAAGAAAUCGUCAUUAUGGAGAAACAAAAAUGAAUGAGCACAGCAGCCGUUCUCACACGAUCUUCAGAAUGAUCAUUGAAAGCAGAGAACGAAGUGACCCUGCAAAUGCAAACUGUGAUGGAGCAGUCAUGGUUUCCCACUUGAACUUGGUAGAUCUGGCAGGCAGUGAAAGAGCUAGUCAAACAGGAUCUGAAGGUGUCCGAUUGAAAGAAGGCUGCAAUAUAAAUCGGAGCUUGUUCAUUCUGGGUCAAGUUAUCAAAAAACUUUGUGAUGACCCUUCUGGCUUCAUAAAUUACAGAGACAGCAAGCUGACUCGAAUUCUGCAGAACUCCCUUGGAGGAAAUGCUAAAACUGUUAUUAUUUGUACAAUUACUCCAGUUUCUUUUGAUGAAACACUCAGUACUCUUCAGUUUGCCAAUACAGCCAAAGGAAUGAAGAAUACACCAAAAGUCAAUGAAGUACUUGAUGAUAAUGCCCUCCUGAAGAGAUACCGAAAAGAAAUUGUGGACUUGAAAAAGCAGCUGGAGGAAGUGUCUGUAAAGACUCAAAUUCAUGCAAUGGAAAAGGACCAAUUGGCCCAGCUGCUGGAAGAAAAAAAUUCUCUCCAGAAAGUACAGGAAGACAAGAUACGAAAUUUAACUGAGAUGCUGGUGACCGCUGCUUCCUUUGCCUCAAAAGACAAUGUUAAAGCCAAGAGAAGAAGAAGAGUUACUUGGGCUCCUGGUAAAAUAAAACAGGCAAAUGUGAGCUAUUUUGAAGACUUUGAAAAAGACAUGCCGACUGAAACAAAAAAAAUGAAAAUGUCUCUGUCAGCAUUACCAGAUGCAGACGAUUCUAUGUUAGAUAAUUCUGAAUGUGACAACCAAUCUCUGAUGGUUCCUGAUCAAAUUGCAGAAGUAGAAUGGAUCGCUGGACCUAAAAUGACUUGGACUCAAAAAGACUUUGAAGAAUCUGUGCAACUCUGUGAAGCGAUAGCACUUGAAAAGGAUAUUGCUGUAAAUAAGGCCAGCAUCCUGCAAGCUAACCUGGAUAACCUAGUGUUGGAAAAUGAGCAGUUGAAAUUAGAAAUAAAUGAAAUAAAGGAGAAACUGAAGGAAAAAAAAGAAAUAGAUGAAUUUGAAGCACUGGAAAAACAAACUCAAAAAGAUCAUGAGAUACAACUAAUGCAUGAAAUUACCAACUUAAAGAAUCUAGUUUCAAAUUCUGAAGCAUACAAUGAGGAACUUCAGGCAGAAAACAAUUCCAAAUCGGAACAGCUGAAAGAGAAAGACAACGAAAUAAAGAUAUUACAGAAUCUUGUGGAAGAAUUACAAAAAGCAAGAGUGGAAAAAGAGCUAUCUUUUUCAGUGGGAGAUUCUGAUAAGCUAGUUGAGGAAAUUCAGCAGCUGAAUAAAUCCCUCUUAGAUAGUGAAGCUAUAGCCUUGGAUGCCAAAAAAGAAUCUGCUUUUCUCAGAACCGAAAAUUUGGAGCUGAAGGAGAAGAUGAAUGAACUCUUAAAUAAUCACAACCAAAUGCAAAAGGAUGUUCAAUUAUAUCAAAGCCAAAUAGAAGCGGGAAAAGCCAGUUACCGAAAAAUGCAAGCUGACUUGCAGAGAGAGUUGCAAUCUGUAUUUCAAGAAAACUUAAGACUAACUUCACUCAUGGAGGGUAAAGUUCCAAAAGAUCUGCUCACUCCUAUGGAGCUGGAAAAAAAGGCAACUGACUUAAAAGGAGAACUAGAAAAAGCUUUGAAAGAGAAUGCACUUCUACAAAAACAAGUAAACGAGCUAUCAGAAUUUCAGUCUCUACCAAAUACUGUGGAGAUGCAGAAGAAAGAGAUUCUCGAAAAAUGUGAGGAGUUAUGUUUAUUAAAAUUGGAAAAUGAAAAGCUGCUUUCUGAAGUAGCUGAUAAUGAAAUUAAACUUAAACACAUGACUGAAGAAAUUGAAAAAUCAAAAGGUGAUCUAGCAGAUGCACAACUGAAAUAUAUGAAGUCUGAUCAAGAAUAUGUGGCACUUAAACAGCUCCAUGAAGAAAUGGAACAAAAAUACAUAGCUACAUCAGAAAAUAAUGAAAAAAUGAAGCUCCAAAUAGAAUGUCUUUCCAAAGAAGCACAAAAGUCUAAAACAACUUUGGAUGAAAUUAAAUUAGAGCUCUCGAGCAAAAUGAAAGAACUGGAAGAAAAAACAGCAGAACAAAAACAACUUCUUGAGCUAAGAGAAGAUUUUAUUCAGACUCAGCAGAAGUUAAAGGAAAUGGAGCAAUUAAAAGUGGAAGAAAGGAUGAGUAAAUUGAGACUGGAAGCUAAGGAUUCAGAGAUCCAGGCAAUUCUUCAGCAGCUAACUGAAUGUCAGGAAGAAAUAAAAACUCUAACCCAGGAAAAAGAUGACCUGAAGCAAAAAGCAGAGUCUCUCCAAGCUGAGACAGACCAACUCAAAGAGGAUAUAAAGGACACUGUUUCAAUGAACAUCUUGGCACAUGAAGAACUGAGAAAUACGCAAAGUUCUCUCAAGCAAUCCCAGGCCACUGUCAAGAAGUUGGAAAAAUAUAUUUCUGAAAACGAAUCUCAUGUUUUGAGCAUUGAAGAGGCACUAGGAAAGACCAUUAAAGAACUCGAAACACAGAUCUCACAAAUGACAGAAGAAAUGAAAGUCAUCAAAUCAGAGAGAGAUCAGCUUGCUGAGGAAAAAUCAGAAAGUCAUAGCUGGAGAGAAAGUGAUCAACUUCAGGAGCAAAAGGAACAAAUCAUUUUCCUUACACAAGAGAACCGCUCAUUGCAAGAGAAGCUGGACAGUUUACAUCUGAGAAAAGAAGAGGCUGGGGAAGGAACUUGGGUACCACAGGUCCAAGAAAAAUCUCUUGAGCAAGAGUUGCUUGUUGUGAGGGAAGAGCUCAACCAGGCCCAAAGGAAAUUGCAUGAAAUGGAGGAAGCGAAGGCCAGUGAAUACGAAGGAGAAUCUGAUAAAAUGGGGGGAAGAGAUUUUAUUCCAAAAGUGCAUGACUGUCAGGAAGUGAGCACCCAGACAGAAAGAGAAGAGGAUGAUCUUAAAAUGCAACUGGAAAAUCUCCAGAAUGAGAGAGACCAGCUAAGAGAAACUGUACAGGAGACAAUAAGAAAGAAUUCAGAGAUGCAGAAGGAGUUGCAGUGUACUCACAGAUCUCUUGGACAACAUCAGGAGACUAUUGUGGAGCUGAAAGAAAACAUUUCAGACAAAGAAAAUCAACUCUCGAAAGCGCAGGAGGCAUUGAAGGAAAAAACUGAUGAACUGCAGCAGAAGCUCACUGAAGUAACUGAAAGGCUGACUCAUGUCUCAUCUGAAUAUGGCAAGCUUCUGGCAGAAAAAGAACAAAUUGAAAGGACAAUGAAUGAGCAAGUUUGUCAGCAGCUUGAGAAAAUCACUGUACUUAGUAAGGAGAAAGAUGAGCUGCAACAAAUGGUGGAGACUUUUAAAGAAAGAGAAGAACAUUUGUUAAAGGUCCAGAGACAGUCAGAGAUUUUGGAGGACAGCCUUACAAGCAAGAUCUCACAAAUGACAGAAGAAAUGAAAGUCAUCAAAUCAGAGAGAGAUCAGCUUGCUGAGGAAAAAUCAGAAAGUCGUAGCUGGAGAGAAAGUGAUCAGCUUCAGGAGCAAAAGGAACAAAUCAUUUUCCUUACACAAGAGAACCGCUCAUUGCAAGAGAAGCUGGACAGUUUACAUCUGAGAAAAGAAGAGGUACCACAGGUCCAAGAAAAAUCUCUUGAGCAAGAGUUACUUGUUGUGAGGGAAGAGCUCAACCAGGCCCAAAGGAAAUUGCAUGAAAUGGAGGAAGCAAAGGCCAGUGAAUACGAAGGAGAAUCUGAUAAAAUGGGGGGAAGAGAUUUUAUUCCAAAAGUGCAUGACUGUCAGGAAGUGAGCACCCAGACAGAAAGAGAAGAGGAUGAUCUUAAAAUGCAACUGGAAAAUCUCCAGAAUGAGAGAGACCAGCUAAGAGAAACUGUACAGGAGACAAUAAGAAAGAAUUCAGAGAUGCAAAAGGAGUUGCAGUGUACUCACAGAUCUCUUGGACAACAUCAGGAGACUAUUGUGGAGCUGAAAGAAAACAUUUCAGACAAAGAAAAUCAACUCUCGAAAGCGCAAGAGGAAUUGAAGGAAAAAACUGAUGAACUGCAGCAGAAGCUCACUGAAGUAACUGAAAGGCUGACUCAUGUCUCAUCUGAAUAUGGCAAGCUUCUGGCAGAAAAAGAACAAAUUGAAAGGACAAUGAAUGAGCAAGUUUGUCAGCAGCUUGAGAAAAUCACUGUACUUAGUAAGGAGAAAGAUGAGCUGCAACAAAUGGUGGAGACUUGUAAAGAAAGGGAAGAACAUUUGUUAAAGAUCCAGAGACGGUCAGAGAUUUUGGAGGACAGCCUUACAAGCAAGAUUCAACAGUUAACUGACACACUAAAUAGUGUAUCAUGUGAAAAAGACCAGUUAUUAGCUGAAAGAACUAGUCACUCUUUCCAACUUAGAGAACAAAUUGCAUCAGUUAAUCAAGAAAAAGAGGAGCUACAAAAACUUCUUCAGGAUGUCAGGACUGAGCGGGACCAGCUCAAGACAGAAUUGCAAAGAAAUUGUGAGAUGUGUGUUGAAAGAAAUGCAAAACUGGAACGUGCUUUAGACCAACUGAAGCAGAGAAACCUGAAUGAUAUGUCCAUUCAGGUAAACUCAGUGGUUAUUGCAGAGCAGGUGGCUGAUGACAGCCUGAAGGAAAAAAGCUUGAACAUUAAGGAGCUUCUUGAGAAAUUCUCAAAUAUGGGGAAGAGGUAUGAAUGCCUCUCUACAGUGUCUCUUAAGCUGAAGAGUGAACUGAAUAGUCAGAAAGCGCUGAUAGCUGUGAUACUGCCUCAGCUUUCCUUGGUACAGAGUAAACAAGUCAAAAGACUUCAAACUGAAAAUGAGAAACUAAACGGUCAUCUCCAGAGUUUACUGAACAAACUGAAGUUUAUGUUCAGUCGUGUUUGCACAAAGAAAAGAGACUAUCAUACUACUGUUAACAAGUAUAAAAUGGAAUUGCUUGAGGAAAAGAGAAGACAAGAUCAUCUACAAGCCGAGAUUCAGUAUCUCAGGAAGAUUCAUUUGAACCAGAAUGAUAUACCGUCUCAAGAAUUAAACAUCAGUGAAGGGCUGCAGAGUUUCCACUUGGAUGCAGAGAGCAUUCUCAAAGAUGUAUCAGAAAUGGAAAGUGAACUUCUCUGUAUAGAGGCAGAAUUACAGCAGCAAGAAAGUGCUAGAAAAGAAACAGUACAGUUCUGGGAAGCUUGUUCAGAAACUCACUGUAAUGCAGAGGAACUGGAAGAAGAGUUAAAGAAAGAUACUGAAAGGCUUUUGCAAGUCAUUAACUUCUGGACUCCUAAAGUAAAGAUGCUCCUUCAGCUUUCUUCAGAACUGGAUGCCAGAACUUCCAAUUACAGUAAAAAUGCUGAUGUUGAAUUGAAACAGAGAAAAGAGAAAAAUGAAGAGUUGCUUCAGGAUCUAAACACUCUAAAAGAAAAACUGGCCCCUGAUAACUCUGCCAGUCUCAUGUUAAAAGAAGAAAACUAUAGGCUUCAUAAUAAAUUAAAGGCUGCAGAACAAGAUGUAAAGGUACCAAUGCUUGUUUCUAAGGAAAACUUCUUCGAUGCUUGCUUUCUAAGUGAGAGUACUCCAAAAUGA